GUUGUUCUUUGAGAAAGACAAGAAUCAAUCAUGAAAUGAAUCAGAAUUUUCAAAAGAUGAAUAGAUGAUAAAGAAUUUGUGACAAACUUUUCAGAUAAAUUCUUGCUUACAAAUCAACUACUGUACUUAAAUUAAAACUAACCUCAUAAACAUAACAAAACAAAAAAAAUGAGAUCCAAAUUAAUCACCACAAUUCUCUUAAAUAACUUUCACAAAUCAUCAUCAUCAUCUAAAAAACUAUUAUUAAAUCCUUUAAUUCCUCAAUUAUAUAAUCGAUCCUCAACUGAAAACCCUAAUUUUAAGAUAUUUAAGAGAUGCCACGUCGGACAUUCUCAUCACCAGGAUCAAACUAGUCAAGAAGGCGAGAGAAUAUUCCGGCUUGGUCUCGCCGCCGAUGUCGGUUUGACCGCCGGAAAAGUAUUGACCGGUUAUUUAUCUGGUAGUACUGCCAUUAUUGCUGAUGCUGCUCAUUCUGUAUCUGAUGUGGUUCUUAGUGGCGUUGCGUUGCUAUCAUUUAGAGCUUCAAGGGUUCCAAAGGACAAAGAACAUCCAUAUGGGCAUGGCAAGUUCGAGACUUUAGGCGCACUUGGUAUCUCAGGUGUACUUUUGAUUACAGCUGGAGGUAUCGCAUGGCAUGCUGUGGAUGUUUUGAUGGGGGUACUGUCAGCAACCUCUGAGGUAGCUAAUCAGUCAUUGACUAAUCAACAUGCUCAUAGCCAUUAUCAUGGGAUUGACAUGAAUCAUCCUAUCCUUGCUUUGAAUAUGACAAUCGUGGCAAUUGCUGUUAAAGAAGGAUUGUAUUGGAUAACAAAGAGGGCAGGAGAAAGGGCUGGUAGUGGAUUGAUGAAAGCAAAUGCAUGGCAUCAUCGUGCUGACGCUGUUUCAUCACUUGUUGCUCUUAUAGGGGUCGGUGGAUCUAUUCUUGGUGUGAGGUUUCUGGACCCCCUUGCUGGACUUGUUGUCUCUGGCAUGAUCCUAAAGGCUGGACUUCAAACUGGUUACCAGAGUAUCUUGGAACUAGUGGAUGCUGCAAUACCAUUGCAGGAUUUGGAUCCAAUCAGAGAGACAGUAUUAAAAGUGAAAGGGGUGGAGGGUUGCAGACACCUUAGGGGAAGGAGGGCCGGCUCAUCUUUAUAUCUUGAUGUAAAGAUUGAGGUUGAUCCAUACUGUAGUAUUAGCAUGGCACAUCAAAUUGGUGAAAGUGUUCGUUACCAUGUUCAGAAUUCCCAUCCUGAAGUUUCUGAAGUCUUCAUACAAUUGGAGCCUACCGCAAAGCAGAAGGUCACGGAAGUAACUUAUGAUUCAAAUUCUUCAGUAUUGGAACGUAAUGGCAUCGAAGAACUGGUUACAAGUAUGCUGACAUCAAAGUUUUCUGAGAAAAUGGUUGUUACGAGUGUAACAAAGCGUGCAAUGCAAGACAAGUAUUUACUUGAAAUCGAGGUAUCCAUGCCACCUGAUGUCUUGAUUAGUGAUGCGAUGAAAGUUGUAGAGGAAGCCAAGAGUCAUAUAUUGGACGCUACCUCCAACUCCAUGCAGGUUAGCUUUCGGCUGAAACUAAACGAUUCAAUAUGCUAGAGUCUCCAAGAGUUGCGACUAAUGUAAGGGCAUGUAGCUGCUACAAGAUAGAAAAUUAUUGAUUUAUGAUUGGAGCCUGAUGAAUAAGAAUUGCGAGGCAAUAAGUUUUGUACAUGCUAUAUAAAUUUCAAACACAAAUGUGACUUUCUUUAAUGCUCAUCUUCAAUGGCUAGGAUUCCAUUGCUCAAUA